UGAAAUUGAGAACGUCAGCAUGGGAAGGGCCUCCUAGAUCAGCCGAUGCCAGCCCCUCCCCCAUCCCAGGUGGGGAAACUGAGGCCCAAGAGGGACAGUGACGGAGGGGGAACCUGUUGAUUAAGAACCUGCCUCCUCGACGCACCCCUUUGCCGGCCGCGGAGGGCAUUCUGGAGUCUGAUCUCCCAGGAGAGGACAGCAGGCGGGCGGGGAUGGUGUUGGCAGCCGGAACCCGACACCGACGAUGAAUAAAUGAUGCUCCCCUGCCGCAGCCAGAGCUCCUGGCCACCGCCACCACCCAGCGCGAGCACCAGCACCGCUGGCCGGGGCGGGCGCCAGGUGGCCCACCACCGCCACCGUCUCCCCCAGCUACAGCUGCACGAAGAAGAUGGCCGGGCGGCGGUGGCGGGGCGCAGGGCCCCUGUGGGCGCUGGGGCUGUGCCUCUCGAGGGUUGCCAGCCAGCUGGUGGAGCCCAGCACCGCCCCGCCCAAGCCCAAGCCGCCCCCACUGACCAAGGAGACCGUGGUGUUCUGGGACAUGCGGCUGUGGCACGUGGUGGGCAUCUUCUCCCUCUUCGUACUGUCCAUCAUUAUCACCCUGUGCUGUGUCUUCAACUGCCGCGUGCCACGCACCCGGAAGGAGAUCGAAGCUCGGUACCUGCAGCGGAAGGCAGCCAAGAUGUACACGGACAAGCUGGAGACCGUGCCACCCCUCAACGAGCUCACGGAAAUCCCCGGAGAGGACAAGAAGAAGAAGAAGAAGGACAGUGUGGACACGGUGGCCAUCAAGGUAGAGGAGGAUGAGAAGAACGAAGCCAAGAAGAAGAAAGGAGAGAAAUGAGGCGGUGGCAGUGGGCUGGCAGCGUGGACUCCGAUUCAGAGGUGGCCCACGGAGCUGUGUCCGGGGGAGCCAAGGCCAUGGCCGAUCCUCAUAGCCCGGCACCUGCAGGGCCAAGACUACACAGCUGCCGGCCUGCCGGCCACACGGGCACUUUCCAUGGCCUGCUGUCCCCACCUUUCCUGGCACGGGCAGCAGCGGCACUGAGGCAGUGAAGGCAGUUUCCCUCUGUGCCAACCAGGUUGAGUGACAGGCCACACCCGGCUGGACGCAGGCAGCGGGAGGCCGCCCGGAUGGCGAGGAGCUGCCCCACGCCCGGCGGGCUCCUGUCCCUGCGGUGAGGGGGCCGGCCCAGCAGACCCAGGCUCAGCAUGAUGACGCACACUUGCUUUGCCUGUCACCCUGGAGCUCAGAUGCAAGACGCUAACGUGAGGCCCUGGGGCCCAGAACUCCAGGGCAGGUUUGGAGUGCAGCGGGCACAGGGUCCAGAGCGUAGGGGAUGUCGGGCUGCCAGGGUGGUUCCUUCUAUGCCCAGCAGUGGGAGUCAAGGCGGGGGAGCAGCCGGCUUACAGCUGCUCCACACAGUAGCCACCUGCCUCCCUACUCCUCACAGCCGUCUCUGAGCGGAAGAGGAGGACCGAGGGACCCCUGGGGAAGGGAGAGGGACAAGGGGCUUCCACGGGGCACCAACCCUUACACGUGGCUCCCAGACCUGAGCUCGGGGACUCGGAGACAGCGCAGGAUGUUCUCCAGCAGGGGCGCUGCUGGAGCAGCAGCCUGACAAUUUGUAAAUAAAGCUGAGCGCCUUUUCAGCCCCUCGG